AUGUAUGAGUCUCAGGAAACGAAAGCAAAUUCCAUUAUCUGCAACUGUAAACAGCCUUCAUAUAUUGCAUCAUCAUCAGGAUUGGAUGUUUUAAACACCAAAGAUAGACAGGUGACGGAUCACUCGGUAAAAGCAUUUGCUGAACACUGUCCUGAGCUGCAGUAUGUUGGGUUUAUGGGCUGCUCUGUUACAUCUAAAGGAGUCAUUCACCUCACCAAUCUAAGAAACCUUUCCAGCCUGGAUCUACGUCAUAUCACAGAACUGGAUAAUGAAACUGUGAUGGAAAUAGUGAAGAGAUGCAAAAACCUUAGCUCCCUCAAUCUCUGUCUGAACUGGAUCAUUAAUGACAGAUGUGUGGAGGUCAUUGCUAAAGAAGGACAGAACCUGAAAGAGCUGUAUUUGGUAUCCUGUAAGAUUACCGACUAUGCCCUGAUAGCCAUUGGACGAUACAGCAUGACAAUAGAGACAGUGGAUGUUGGGUGGUGUAAAGAAAUUACAGACCAGGGAGCCACUCAAAUUGCACAAAGCAGCAAGUCUCUCAGAUAUUUAGGGCUGAUGAGAUGCGAUAAGGUGAGUGAAGCAACGGUAGAACAGCUCGUGCAGCAAUAUCCACAUAUAACCUUCAGUACUGUACUGCAAGAUUGCAAGAGGACCUUGGAACGGGCUUAUCAAAUGGGCUGGACACCCAGUAUGUCUUCUGCUUCAUAACGACCUAUGUGAUAUUACAGUUUGGCUAAAGCAUUCAGCAGGUAUAAUGGGGACUGCAGAUUUUGGUUGUACAAUGUUGCAGGAAUAUUUUAAACCUUUUCAUGUUUUUAAAUCUCAUUUUGCUUUCUGUGAAAUAUAUGUUCAAGAGUCCAUUGUUCUAAAAGAGGUUUUUAUUUUAUUUUUAAGUUUUAAAAUUAAUGUUUUUUAAAGCAAAGAACAUUUUAUGUCUGAUGGCCCCUCCUGGAAAUUUUGGAACAGAAACUGGACUCUCUAAUUGUAGUUCUGACUGUUAAUUGUCAUCCUAAAAAUCUGCAAAUCCCUAAAGACAUUGAAGAGGGCUCACAACCUUUCAUGAUGCAAUAUAAUUGUGAGUUUACACAUGUUACAGUAAAAUGGAGUUGACUAUACACUGACUUUGAUGUACUGUAUAACUAUGUACGAAUGUUGAAAACAAAUCUUAAGAAAUGCAUUGUAUCCUUUUUGUACACAUAAACACAAUGUAAAAGUCUUUGGCAGAUUUCCUGAAGUGGAUUCCUACUAAUUCUGUGGAUGGCUUGAGUUAUAUUAGAUAUUGAGCCUAUUUUCUUUUCCCUUUGCCUCAGUCAUGUGUGUUUCCUUUGGUUUGUAAGUGAUAACUCAGUGCUAGUACCGGUGUAAUUGAUCAGUAUAGGCCUCUGCUGAAACUGAGAGCUAAUCUUAAUCCAUAUUAUUACCUAGACUGAUGACACCCAUGUGUUUUAGGAUGCACAGUAAUAUAAGAAUCCACACAUAAUUGUGAUUUUCUUCUAAACAUUUUGCUAAUUACAAAAAUCAUUAUUUUGAAAUUCAUUUUUGAAUGGAAAUCUUAAUAAAUGAUGGUAACUAUUGAAUGGUUAUUCAAGUAGAUAAUCUUACUUGUUUUAUGUUGUAGAACAGCAGAAGUGAUUUUUCCUUAAAUAGUCAUGUAGAAGAUGUUGUAUAGAUUUCUCAAUUUUUGCACCUUGCCAUUUUUGUAAGAAGUGAGCUAACAGCGCUUUAAUUUACCACAGAUAACCAAAUGCUGCAUACAAGACACCUGCUAUGGGAAAUCAGUUAUAAGGCCAUGUUUAUAUAGCUUAAAAUAAUUGUGUUGUUUUUUUUAAUUAAACUUUCUGAAUGAACCUGUUUCCUUUCACAAUGCUGUCAUGUUACCGAAUUCUGAAAUUUCAAGUAAAAAGGAAAGUUUAAUAAAUAAAAGCCACAAUGCUGAUUUUCCCCAAUGUGGUGUGUGGUUGCUAAUGUGGAUCCCACUCCUGCAAAGCAAGAGCACGGGCAUAGCUGACCUCAGUGGGACUGCAUGUGGGCGGAAGGGUCCAACCACGUGCAUCACUUUGCAAGAUUCUUACUCUAGAAGAGAAUAAUUGCUCUGGAUGCUCUUCUGGCAUCCUCUAAAUCGUAUAUUUUAAGCAUUGUACUCUAUGCUUUUCAUAUUUGUUCCCCAGCUACUGAAGACUACUUUGGUUGGCAAUUGUGUAUCUCUUUUUUAAUCCAAAACUGAUUUAUAAGAUAAUAUAUGCAGAAAAUAGCUGAAGUGAAUACAUAAAAAGUUUAAUUUUCUAUGUGUGUCGCAAGAGUUAAACUUGACAAGUGUUGAUAAGCAGACAUUGAAAAUACAGAUGUUGCAGCUUUGGUUUGAAGUUGCAUUAACCUUUAGAAUGUUGCAAUUUGGUUAAAGGAUGAUUUUUUAAGGUGUAUAACUCUGCGUAUUUGCUUUUUAAAGGUUAUACUCUUUUAAUCCAAAAUAUCAAAUGCUCAAGUUUCAGCUGAUGAGUUGCCAUUAUUGUCAAAGUAUUUUGCUAAUCCAGAUGAACUGAUGCAGCAUAACCUGGAGAACAGUUUUAGUAUGUCCGUGCAGUUCUGCCAAAACUGUAUUCCAGUCCCACAACAUUAAUUCUUGACAACUACAGAAAGCAUCAACUCAAAGUCCAGUGACAGUUGUUAAAUGUUUUCUUAUUAGACACUUCAAAAUGAAGCUGAAAACAUCUGUCUGGAAAAAAUAUAAAGUAGAGUUUUGCUUGGAAUGUCAUAAAUACAUGUGAACAAAUAUUAUGCUAGGCUUUUUAUCUACUUCAAAAUGGCAACAUAUUUUCAGAAUAAAGACAGUGAAUAAUAUUGCA